GUAACUUGCAAUAACGUCUCGUAUGCAAAGCUUUGGAUGGAACCACUGCAAUGGGCACAAUGAGUAAAGUGUGCCUGGAAGAUAUUCGUCUGGCUUACCAGCGCAUAAAACUGCAUGUUCAUAGAACACCUGUCAUCACAAGUCAGUAUUUCAAUGAGCAGUCAGGACGGCAGCUGUUCUUCAAGGCAGAGAACUUACAAAAGACUGGCUCCUUUAAAGCCAGAGGGGCAUGCAACUGUGUACUGUCAAUCAAGGAGAGAAACCCCCUGGUGUCUGGCGUUGUCACCCACAGCAGCGGCAAUCAUGGACAGGCCACCGCUUAUGCUGCACGUGUGGCCGGCCUCGCCUGCACGGUGGUGGUGCCCCGCGGCACCUCUGAGGUCAAGGCCGACGCCAUCCGCUCGUACGGCGCCGAGCUCAUCUACUGCGAGCCCACUCCGCUGUCCAGACACGAGACGUGCGCGGCAGUGGCGGCGGAGACACGGGCCGCCGUCGUGCACCCGUACGACGACUACGACACGAUCGCCGGCCAGGGCACCAUCGCUCUCGAGCUGCUGGAGCAGGUGCCGGACCUGGACGCCAUCUUGGUGGCCGUCAGCGGAGGAGGCAUGAUCUCCGGCAUCGCCACGGCGGUCAACGAACUCAGGCCAGAGUGCAAGGUGAUCGCCGUGGAGCCGGACGGCAAGCACCUGGGGCCGAGCCUGCGCGCCGGCCGCCGGCUCUGGCUGGACCCGCCGCGCUUCAUCAGCACGCUGGCCGACGGCUGCACGACGCAGCAGUGCGGCCGGCUGACGUUCCCGAUCCUGUGCCGCCUGGUGGAGCCGACCGUGCUCACCGUCACCGACGACCAGAUGGCGGCGGCCACGCGCCGCUUCUGGCAGCGCGCCAAGCACGUGAUCGAGCCGUCGGCGGGCAUGGUGGUGGCGGCGGCGCUGUCGGACCAGCUGCCGGCCGAGCUGCGGCGCGUGGGGGUCGUCCUCUGCGGCGGCAACCUCGACCUGGACCGGCUGCCCUGGCUGUCGGCCGGCGGCGCGGCGCCCCAUGCGCUGGGCUAGCUGCUGCCGAUGGUGGGCCGGGCUCGGACGCAGCUGUGGGAGAAGCUGCCGCCGUCGGAGAAUGGUGGUGUGGCCUCAGCUGUGGAAGAGACUGUCGCCGUCGGGGGAUUGAAGUUGUGGCCUCAGCUGUGGGAGAAGCUGCCGCUGUCGGGGACUGAUGCUGUGGCGUCACUUGUGGGAGAAGCUGCUGUCGUUAGGGAAUAGUAUUUUUACCUCAGCUGUAGGAAAGGCUACCGCCGCCGGGGAAUGGUGCUGUGGCCUCAGCUGUGGGAGAAGCUGCCGCCGUUACGGAAUGGUAUUUUUACCUCAGCUGUGGGUGACGCAGCUGCC